AUGUUCAGGCGUCCGAGACAGACUGAGCCCGAGAGGUUCUCAUUGAGACUCAGUACAAUACUUCAACCGCUACCUGUUAUUUCUUGGGGAACGCUUGCAAUGUGGUAUCUGGGUGUACCUAUAGGCCUUGGGACCGCCAUGAUUGUGGUGCAAGAUAAUGAUCACACUGCCGCCAUUGAAAAGCUCAAGAACGCGGGAUUCAUCCCAAGUAUUCCAGAACGCUCUCCUCCUGAUGAGAUUAUUAAGAACCUUCCAAACCCCCAAGAGGUGCUGGACGGAAUAAAUGCCGGCUACAAACGUUUGGAUCAGUCCUGUGCAAUAUUUAAUUAUCCACCCGGUGGUGUAGGAGAAAAAGGCAUGCAGGUGUACCUGUUUCCAAAUUCUUUUGCACACCUUUCUCUUGAAGAUGCUCCCCACACAGAGACAACAAAGCAAUACAAUAUCUACGGCAAUUUACACUACCCACUUGAGCAGGCACUGGUUGAAAGCUUUGUUAAGGCUGCGAUUGAUGAAGAAAAAGAGGCUGGUUUUUCAGCGUGGGGCGAGACAUUGAGAUCCUGGGUGUCCCUGAUGACAGGAUACCUGGAGGUUGAUAAUGAUGCCCUCGAUCAUUGUGCGGAUGAACAGGCAGUGGAAUGGUAUAGUGUCAACUUUGGUCGAAUCCGCGAGACUAAAUUCGGCCCCAUGGACCAGCGCAUUUCAAAACGUCUCGGUUCAGGCAAAGAGCUGCCAAUAGAUAUGAGGGGAAAUCCCAUUAGAUCGUGUUUUAAUUCAGCUACAAAUACAUGA